AUGGCAUUGUCGAAGAAACGCACAAGAAGUUCUGCGGCUCGUUCGCCUACGAGAUCUUUGCCUGAUAAGAGGAUGAAGGUACAAGACGAAUUUCAGCGAAGGAAAUCAGUACCACGGCCGCCUGAACGACAACAUGCGUUGUUGUUGCAUGCAGCUCGUCAACCAUAUGACCUCGCCACAAGCCAUGCCACUCCAGUCAUCAAGCUUGGGACUGAGCUGUUGGUCAGGGUGGAAGCCAUAGGACUAAACCCAAUCGAUUGGAAAGCCCCUGAUUUCGGUUUUGGCAUCCCAACACUGCCAUACAUAGCAGGUCGCGAGUUUGCCGGCACCGUCAUCAAAGUAGGCACUACUUCGCCCUCUCGGUUACAGCCCGGCGACCUUGUAACCGUGCCAUCAACCGACUACCGUGACCUCCGCAAGGCUGCCUACCAACAAUACAGCAUCGCCUCCUCCUUCAACACCAUCCGGAUCCCACGAGACAUCUCUGUAAACUCCGGCAGCAUUAUCGGCGUAGCCUUCGUAUCCGCCGUACUCGCCCUAGGAAUAUGCAUGGGCGUCAACUUCUCCGACAUUGAAAACGGCCCCAACCUCCUCGAAACCGUCCGAAAGGUAGAUCCAGAAUCGCUCCCAGUGGAUAUUCGUCAAGAAUGUCUUUCCAGCAUCUCGACCACUGAACGCGCCAAGCCAGGAGAUUUCCUCGUAGUCUGGGGCGGCAGCUCAACCUGCGCACAUGUGGCAAAGCAACUCGCACGUCUCGCCGGCUUGAGAAUCAUCUCUGUGGUUGAUACGGCGAAACAUGGACUCCGUCUCUCGACCACGGAUCGCAUCCGUAGUGAUCUUAUCGUGGACUCGCAUGACCCACAGCGCGCUAUCGACAUUAUUCGCGCCAGCACGGGCAAUACAGCGCGUUUCGGUUUCGACACCAUCGGCAAGGAAACAGCCGCCCAUCUCCUCAGUUCACUGGCUCAUCCAAACGAAAAUUCCAAACUGCCAUCUCGCGCCGGUGCUAAACCUCCGACUCCGCCGUCUACUCCGCUAGAUGAGAAGCCGCAGGUACUGCGCUCGCAUUUGGUGGGUAUGACGGGCUUGCCCAAGACGGAUCUGCCAGAAGGUGUUGUACUACAUAGUGUUCCGAUUAAGCUUUACCACGAGGUGCCUGAAGUGGGUGAGGAGCUGAGCGCGUGGUGUGAGAGGUUGCUACUUAAGGGUCUUUUGGUGCCGCCGGAUGUUGUGGGGGUUGUCAAGGGGUUGGAUGGGAUUAAUGCGGGGUUAGAUCGGAUGAGGAGGAGGGAGAUUAGUGGGGGGAGAUUAGUUGCUGUUCUUGAUUGA